GAUGCGCCUGAUUCGGUCACCAUUCAAUUCCAUCUUGUCUGGGACCUGAAUUUAAAGAGCAAAGGAAAGCGAUGACCGCCACUAGUAACAUGUAAACAGACUAUUGUGUGAUGUUUAUUUCCGUUGAUUUUGUCAGUGCGCGCCCAAAGCAUUUUAGAUCAAAACUCUCGAUGUAGUGAAGUUUCUUACAAAUAUUCGUACAAUGUUUAAUUAAAUAUGAUCCCCUCAAGAAAGAAUAAAAUAUUUUUUGUAGAAAAAACAACUUCCAGAGUAAGUGCUACUUGGAAAGGUUUACAUGUGGCUCUGUUCUUCUUAAUAGCAGCAAAUUCAUUCUUAAACUCCAUACUAAUUGGAAAGAUAUUCAAAGCGUUUAAUUACAAUUGUAUUAUAUUUUGUACAAACAUCACGUUCGAUGAGGAAAUUAUACCAGUUCACUUGACGGACGGUGACAACGGCAGAAAGCUGCUAAAUAUUAAUUCGUUGGAAUCCGAAGAAAAUUUUAGUGAAGUUAAAAGGUCGAUAGUAGACAAGCAACCCAUUAAUGGAACUCUGGUGCAACAAAAAUUCAUUUCUUCAUUAUUAACUGAGUCUACGGAAAAUUUGACAGUAUUUCGCAACGAGUCGAUUUUCGUUUAUUCCAACGAAAUAGAAACGACCAUGAUUCAUUCCAGGAUAAGUCUGAGAAAAAGUAGAUUUCCAUCGAAUUUUUUAUGCAACCUAACGCUGUGCACGGUUCUGAUGACUUUUAUUUGGUCGUUGUUUUUUGGAGUGCUUAUGGUCAUGUGUUCUAGAGGAGGAAGAGGAUAUUUGAAUGAUGUCUUGAGCAAACCGCAAAAUAUAGUCUACCCCAUAUUAGUGACGUCAGCAGUAUUUGCGGUUUUAAACUUGGUGGUAUCGAGUAUUUUUGAAAGAGGCACAAACAGUUUUUGCGAGAAUUUCGAGAUCUUCACACACAAAAAAACAUGCUCAUCGUCAAUAGAUCGUUUUACUGUUCAGUUCGUGCAAGAACAGAGAAGCUUUUACGUGUGCUACUUAAUUGCCAAUUAUUCCUUUUAUAUCGGCAUUGGUUUAAUAUUUGCACAAAUUCUAAUAACGGUAUUUAGAAUUUUGUGUGUGGUAGAUUAUCAGCUUUAUGCCUUACAUUUGGAAGAUAAGAGUCAAACUGAAACCAUUCCAGUGAGACAGCAAAAUUCCUCAGAAAUCGACACAACAGAAACGACAAGCAUCUAAAUGUUUUUUUUAUCCAGAAUGAGUGGCACCAGUGCUACAUAAAAGUUGCUUGUAUGGCUUUUAUUACAAAAACCAUAAGAAGAAGUACACAAUUCUCGCUAAUUCAGCCUUACAUGUUGUGCCUUAAGGAUUUGCAGAUGAAAUUAAGAGCAACGUUGUUAAACGGAACCAAUAUAUUUAAGUACUUAAUUGAUUAGAAAUCUGUAUGUAUAAAUUAUUAGGAUUUUAUAAAAGGUAACAAAUAAAGUACUUAAUUGUGGAUCUAAAUUCUAUUUUAGUUUUAUGCAUUUAUCGAUAUUUAAAAGUCUAUGACAUAGUUUCAGGUUGUAAUAGAUUAAUAAAUAUAAAUAAUAAUUGGAAAUGGUGAAGGAGCUGGAUAUGUUUAACUUGGACAGCAAAGAAUAUUAAAAAGUAGUAUGUAGAAUACGACAAUUUUUUUUGUGUAUAUCUAUUGUAUGUAAUUGCCAUAUUUUCUUUUUUAAUAAAGGGUGCAUAAAAAACUUGCAAAAAUGUUGAUGACAAUAUAUCACGGCC